AAUGGUGCCCAUUUGAUGUCCUACAUUCCUCUCCAGGUCUCAAUCAUAUUUCUGUUCGCUGUCCUUGCAGAAUAUUAAUGUGUAACGAUGUUGUUGACGACGCGUCGGACUGUGGCUGAUGUUAUUAGACACCUGGAAGCUCGUCGGCUCUAAUAAAGCGACGUUUUUACGGAGGAACAAUUUGAUAAUAAAAGAAAAACUAUGAGGCCUAAUAAGAGAGAUGAAGAACAAGUGUCAAGCUGAGGAAUUCAACACACAACAGGCAUGUCCUCACAAAUGCAAGCGUUUUCCUCUCCCUCCGUGUCCUCCAGUGGCCUGUCCCGCUCCAAGAAACUGAAGGUGGAAAACCAUGUGUGGAACGUGAGCAGCCAAUCAGGUGAGAGCAGCUACUACCAGCACAGCCCGAACCAGACGAAUGGCUCUUCCCCCUCCACAUCUGGAUUCAACCCCAAUUACAACUCCUCCAACCUGGUCUUUCCUCCUGGAGGCUCGCGGGAACAGACAGUGGUACGUGCCGCAGACAGUACCGGCAGCGUCCCGGAGCCUUCGUCCUCCUCCUCAUCAUCGUCCACAUCCAGUCGGCGUGGAAAAGAUGCGGGCUCCAUCUCUCUGACAUGCGAGGGCUAUCAGAAACAGGGCAGUCUGAAGCGGAAGAGCGAGGAGGUAGACAGCAGCGACAGCGUGCAGAUUUUGGAGGAGCUCUCUGCUCCUGUGCUCCCCAACCGUGUGGCCGGAGGUGGAGGCAAUGCCACGGCUCAGUCCAUCGCUCAUUCCACGUCCACCACCAAGAGCAGCAACUCCCACAGUGAGGGCGACUACCAGCUGGUGCAACACGAGAUCCUCUGCUCUGUCUCCAACAGCUACGAGGUUCUGGAGUUCCUCGGCCGGGGAACGUUCGGACAGGUCGCAAAAUGCUGGAAGCGUGGAACUAAUGAGAUCGUGGCCAUUAAGAUUCUCAAGAAUCAUCCGUCAUAUGCCCGCCAGGGUCAAAUAGAGGUGAGCAUCCUCAGCCGUCUUAGCACAGAGAAUGCAGAUGAGUUCAACUUUGUGCGCUCUUACGAGUGCUUCCAGCACAAGAACCACACGUGUCUGGUGUUUGAGAUGCUGGAGCAGAACCUCUAUGACUUCCUCAAGCACAGCAAGUUCAGCCCGCUGCUCCUCAAAUGCAUCCGGCCGGUCCUGCAGCAGGUUUCCACGGCGCUGAUGAAGCUGAAGAGUUUGGGUCUCAUCCACGCUGAUCUGAAGCCUGAGAACAUCAUGCUUGUCGACCCCAUCAGACAGCCCUACAGAGUCAAAGUCAUCGACUUCGGUUCAGCCAGCCACGUCUCGAAGGCGGUGUGCUCAACCUACCUGCAGUCUAGAUACUACCGAGCUCCUGAGAUCAUUCUGGGCCUUCCGUUCUGUGAGGCCAUUGACAUGUGGUCACUGGGUUGUGUCAUUGCUGAACUGUUUCUAGGCUGGCCUUUGUAUCCGGGAGCUUCAGAAUAUGAUCAGAUUCGGUACAUUUCCCAGACUCAAGGUUUGCCAGCUGAGUAUCUCCUGAGCGCCGGCACUAAAACCAGCCGUUUCUUCCACAGGGGCCCAGACUCCAGCUACCCUCUCUGGAGACUCAAGACUCCCGCAGAGCACGAGGCAGAGUUUGGGAUAAAGUCCAAAGAGGCUCGGAAAUACAUUUUCAACUGCCUUGAUGACAUGAUGCAGGUCAACAUGACUAACUUGGAAGGCACAGACGUCUUAGCAGAGAAGGCUGAUCGGAGGGAGUUCAUUGACCUGCUAAAGAAAAUGCUAACACUAGACGCAGACAAGAGGAUCACGCCCACUAAGACCCUCAACCACCCGUUUGUGACGAUGGCUCACCUACUUCACUUCCCACACAGCUCACAUGUGAAGUCCUGCUUCCAAAACAUGGAGAUCUGCAAGCGCAGGUGUACAGCUUUCGACAAUAACAAGAACCUGUUCGCCAGCCACAACACCCCCAGCGCGGCCGCCAACCUCACCGUCACCUUCAGCAGUCAACUCAAUCAGCACAGUCAGAUGGCCUCCACGGGGGGCCAGUCCCUGUCUCUUAGCAGCAACGUUCCUUUACUGAACUACCAGCCUGGUCUGUACCAGCAGGCCACUAUAAAUAUACCAGGCUUGGCUCAGCAGAGUGUGCCGUUGCAGGCUCGCCCUACUCAGCUGUGUGCCCAGACAGAGCCCUUCCAGCAAACCCUCAUUGUGUGCCCUCCUACCAUCCAGGGGCUGCAGACCUCCAAUAAACAUGCUGGAUACCCAGUGAGAAUGGACAACUCAGUACCCAUAGUGCCCCAGAACCAGUCCACCCAGCCCCUACACAUUCAGCCCAGCAUGCUCACACAGUUCCUCCACACAUCCCUCUAUCCCUUCCCCAACCAGAGCAGCAGCACGCCGCUGGCGGUGGCCUCCCUGCGCCUUCCAGUGGCGGGAAUGACGCCGCUGGCCUUGGGCUCUCGGCGUCUGGAGCAGAGUGCCACCAUGCUGCAGGGCUGGCCAGCAGGCACACAGCAGAUCCUCAUUCCCUCUUCAUGGCAGCAGAUGUCAGGCAUGGCCAUGCACAAUCCCAGCCAACCUGUGCUGUCCGAUUCACCCGUGGGCUCUCUGUUCUCAGACAACACCACCCAACAGAACAGUAGCUGGAGGGGUCGACAUGGAGGUCAGUGCGAUGGGAUGCAGCAGGGCUCUGCGCAGGGGCGUAACGUUAGCGCUCAGCCCUCCCACGCGGGAGCAGCCAGCAGUCGUACACAGCAGAGUGGAGUGAAGAGGUCAAAGGGUCGACGUGCCGAAAGCAGAGCCAGACCCAUGUCCUCCCAGCAGCCGGCCUCUUUGGUAGCGCACAACUGUGGUGAUGCGUCCCAGCCCAUUGUCAUCUCCGACACGCCCAGCCCUGCCGUCAGUAUCAUCACCAUCCACAGCGACACUGAGGACGAGGACGACAGGAAGUUUCCUCCUGAAAGCUGUAGUGUGAACCAGCGUACAAACGUCAUCAGUUGUGUAACUGUCCAUGACUCCCAGGACUCUGACUCCUCCACCAGCACCCCUCUCAGUCCAAAACACCGUCCCAAGUUUGUCGAGAGCAACACACACUCCAAGUCUCUAGCCGUGGUCACGCCCUCAGUGAAAACACAGCUUUGGGACGGAGCGUCAGGAGAGAAGAGUGUUAAUAGUUAUGUAAAAUCAAAGAAAGGAAUGGCUUCACAGUCCAGCGACCGGCAUCAGAGGGCGGCAUCAAACAGAUCUCAGCCUCUCAACCUGAGCCAGGCGCAGCAAUCAAUGAUGUCAUCCCACGAUCGUGCAGGGGGCGGAUCUCUGAGACGCCAACCCACCUACCCUCCUACAGGCCCCUCCCACUCCUACAGGCUUCAUGAAGCGUCGCUCUUCGGCUCCGCCUCCAGCCUGUACGCAUACCCUGCAUCUGCAGCCCUGGCCUCUGUGUCGCAGGCGGUGGACCAGCUACACAAUUCGGCCGGUUCCUCCUGCUCCUCUUCCUCCGGCCGGCACACACGCACCGCCGGGCCAUACUCGGCCUCUCUGAGCCUUCUGCAGAAGAACAGUGCCAUGGGCGUCAUGUGUCAGGCUUCAGCUCCGUACCAGCAACAGCAGCUGUCGGCACAGUCCUACCAGCGGCCUGCAGCGUUUCCCCUCAGCCAGAGGAAACUCAACCAGUACCCGUACCUGUGAGGAGGAAGAUCUGAACGUGAGGUUUGAUAUGUGCUGGUGGAAAAUGUCAAGAUGCUGUCAUGGAUGUUCAAGUGGAAAUGCCAUUUUAGCAUCUUGCAGCAUUUCAAAGGAGCACUUCUUGCAUUUUAGAUCAUUUCAAACCAUGCCAUAAACACAAAACGCUGGACUUAUUUCAACCGUUUCUUAAAAUAUUACUCAUUAUGUCUGAAAACAAGCCAGUGGAUGUCCAGAAAAAUGCCUCAAAAUCGCCUGAAACAUGGCUGUGUUUGGAAUAGCAUGCUAGCAUACUACUCAUGUAUACAGUAUGCAAAUGAAACACCUGUAUGACCUACUAGAUUUUGUCCAGAGCGACUUACAAAUGAUUCCUACUAAGAUGACUAUAACAGACCACAGUGUGUGAAAUAAUGUAUCCCACAAUGCAACACACUUAACUUGAAUAACUGUUUCCAUUGUGACAAAUGAAACAACAAAUUUUAACAUCUCUCUCUUGACUUAUUUGAUUGGACUGGCAAAAAUUAAGACAUUUUUAUACAAAAAUUGGAUUAAAAAUGCAACAAAAAAGUAUUAUUAUUGAUAAUAAGAUUAAUUUUAAGAAUCUUAUGUUAUUAUGAUAAUAUAAGAUUUUAAUUUUGUUAUAUUUUCUUUGCAAAUAAGCACCUAAAUCUUAAUACCUUGAAAAUUCUGUUUUGCAUACUAUUUUUAAAACGCAGUAGGCGGUAUGUAGUGUGUACUGCACAGUAAGCAGUGCGCUAUUAUUCCAUGUAUUCCAUGUAAAACUGUAAAGUCUGAAAAAUGUAAAUGACGUUUAAAAAAAAUUUAAAUAAUGGAGGAAUUUAAGAGAACCAUCAGAGAAUUACGUUUCUUAAGCGUUUAAGCUGUCUUUGGGAUGUGCGUCAGCAGAAGCGAUCUCUCCUCUAGAAAGAUAUUUAUAAGGUUUCAUUGACGUCUGCCCAAUUAUAAUGUGUUGAAAUGAUUCGUGAUAGUGAUGUCACUCUGACAACACUAAAGCAUUCUGUUGGCAGACCCAAAUUUUAUAUUUGGGACGGUUACGUUUGCAACGUAUUUUUAAGUGGUGGCCACAUGACACAUGAUGUCAUCGCUGAUGGUGGUGACGGGAACCUGAACAGGCCAAAAUACCAGGAGAAAGUGAUGCGCAGAAAUUUUAUAUAUCGAAUUUAUGCUGAAAUAGUCCUAGUUGAAAUUGGAUUGUUUAUGAUUAGCUUUAAACAGCUUUAGAUCAUUAAUGUCUUGAAAUAACCAUAAGAACAUGAUUCAAAAUAUUCUUUCUGUUUCAUAUAAUGUUUAAUAAGUGACAUUUUAUUUUCAUAUCAGUUUUGUGACACAAGCUUUUAGUUACGCACUAAAUAAUCAAGUUUUCAUGUUCAAUGUAACUUUUAUUGUGCUUAAUUUAUUUAUUGAAUAUGUGUGGAUUAUUAAUGGAACUUUAUAUCUGUUUUUAUUUAACCUAAUAAUGAUUACUCUUUCAUUUAAAUCCUUGUAAUUCUCUUCAACUUUGUAUAAUUUUUUUUUUUUUACGUUGAUUUGAAAGUAUCCUCUCAUACUACUAGCACUUAAGUUGAUUAUUUGAUUUGUAUUUUAAGUGUUUUAUCCAUAACCUAAGACUGAAUUUGUCAGUGUGAAUUGUGGCGACAGUUACUUGUUAUUUGUUCUGUAAUGUCUAAAAGAUGAUGUUUGGAUGGAGUGUUGUCGUGUGGGAACUUGCCCUUUGUGCACAUUGAAAUAAGAGCGAGACCUCUCACAGAUAACACUAACUGUUUAGAUAGCACUUAGACAGAUGGUUAACAUGUUAGCUGUUCAUCUCAGUUGAUCUUAGAGCACUUGAUGUGUUGUACUGAGCUUGUCUCGUGAAUGUUGCCAGGGUUCUUGGCUUUGGUGCAAUGAUGACUGUUUAUACUGUUUUAGCACCAUGUGAAGUGGAGUGAAGAGUAGAUGAAAUCACAAUAAACUUUCAUCCAGAA